GCAUAGACGGCAAAAAGAAAAGCGUUGGGAACAAGGGGGAAAGGAAGCCAACGGUUGACAGAGACAUGAAAAAGAUGGCAGCUUUGCCAUCGGCAGACUGGGAAUGGGAAAAUGCCACCGCCGGUGCUGCUGCAGGCCUUGCCACUGUCACAUUUUCUCAUCCCCUUGAUGUUGUUCGCACCCGGUUCCAGGUUUACGAUGGAAGAAUCUCCAAUGUCCCGGCCUAUCGGAACACUCCUCACGCUUUGUUUGCCAUUGCUCGAAGUGAGGGUCUUCGAGGACUUUAUGCUGGCUUUUACCCUGCUGUUCUUGGGUCAACUAUUUCAUGGUGUUUAUAUUUUUUCUUUUAUAGCAAGGCUAAGCAAAGGUAUCUAAAAAAUAGGGAGGAGCUGAGUCCAGGCCUUCACCUUGCUUCAGCUGCAGAAGCAGGAGCGCUGGUCUGUCUUUGCACCAACCCCAUUUGGCUUGUGAAAACAAGAUUGCAACUUCAGACUCCUAAUCAGAUUCGUCCAUACACCGGAUUUCAUGAUGCUUUAAGAACGAUAAUCAAAGAAGAAGGAUGGAGGGCACUGUACAAGGGGCUUAUGCCAAGCCUAUUUCUGAUUACACAUGGUGCUAUUCAGUUCACGGCAUAUGAGGAAUUCCGCAAAGUCAUUCUUAGCUCGAAAGCUCAGGAGAAUGAAAACCCUCUUGCCACAGCUGCUGACUUGUUGGAUUCAGUUGACUAUGCAACACUAGGAGCUUCUUCUAAGUUGGCAGCCACUCUUACAACAUACCCAUUUCAGGUUGUCCGAUCUCGAUUGCAGCAACGACCAAGUACAACUGGAGUUCCAAGAUACAUGGAUAGCUGGCAUGUUGUGAAGGAAACUGCAAGGUUUGAGGGUUUACGCGGCUUUUACAGAGGUAUCACAGCAAACGUGUUGAAAAAUGCCCCUGCCGCUUCAAUUACCUUCAUUGUCUAUGAGAAUGUCCUAAACCUGCUAAAAUUGUCUAGGAAAGAGUAUUAGUUCUUUUACAUCCUUUUUGCCUCCCAUUUCUUGUUGUAGCAAUUAGGAUUCUACACUAUUUGAAACUAUUUUUGGAAAAAGUAUACCCUCAGAUUUGACAGGAGUACAAAUAGAAACAAGAUAUCAUUAAGAGAAUGUGAACAAGAGACAAUUUAAUGGCUGGUGUGGUGUAAUUGUACUAUAUUUAUCGUCUUUGUAAUUUAUGAGAAAAGAAUAAUCUUUUUAGACUUUGUUCAA